AUGGAUGAAGAUAUCUCCUUAAACCCAAAUGGGAGGGGGAUGCUGGAUGGCAACAGAAGGUCCAAUGCUCUUCUACGUUGCAGAAAGACUCUACAAGUGGCAAGUUUCAAUGCAAACACCUUACGUGAAGAAGCAAGAGUACUAGAACUUGCACACUGCGUAGAGAAAUGUCAAAUCGAUAUAACGGGAGUACAAGAACAUCGCAAAGUGCUCGAGGAUGCAGAAAUAAUAGAGAUGGAGAGAGUUGAAAGCAGAUACCUUAUAGUUUCCUCAGCAUGGAGAAAUGACAUGCAGGCAUCGGUAGGGGGAGUAGGUCUGAUUAUUAGCACUAAGGCACGUAAAGCUCUACGCAGAACAGAAAGACACUCCAAACGAAUCCUCCUUGCUGAAUUUGACAGUAAUCCAAUAACAACUGUGGUUGUAGUGUACUCACCCACCAACUCAGCCCUACUUGAAGAAACCGAAGAAUUCUACGAUGAUUUGCACUCACUCCUGCGAAGUGUCCCAACUCACAACUUCCUCAUAGUCCUUGGAGACUUUAACGCUAGGAUUGGCAAGGAGGAUGUUCCAUUCCCAUACCACUCCACCACAAAUAGGAACGGGGAACUCCUGGUAGAGCUGAUGUCCGAGCAUGACCUGUUAGCAAUGAACACACAGUUUUGCAAAAAGCGUAGAAAGCUCUGGAUGUUUAAGGAUCGAGGAACGGGGGCACUGAGACAGUUGGACUAUGUACUAGUACGCAAAAAGUGGAGAAAUUCCAUUCAUAACUCGGAAGCCUAUAGCUCCUUCAAGAAGGUUGGAUCAGACCACAAAGCUGUCAUUGCUAAAAUAAAGCUAAGUUUAAGAGUGUCAAAAUCUAAACAGCAAGUUAAGUAUGAUUGGGGUGCCUUUGUGUUGGACGCGACUUUACAAGGGAAGUACACAUUUAAGGUCUGUAACAGAUAUCAAGAGUUAAGCAAGAUUGAAGACAUCACUGAAUGCUAUGAAAGUUUCUGCAAAGUAAACCAAGAAGCUAUGGAAGAACUUGUUCCAAGGAAAGCGAAGAGAAAAAGAUCUGCAAGGUCAAAACACCCAGAGAUUUUAGUGGCAAGGCAGGAACUAGUUGAAGCAAGUGAAAACCUCAACGAGGAAGUAAUAGAGAGCGUAGAAAGGCUCAACCUUGCCAAAAGAGUACUCUUCGAAACAUACGAUCUUAUUAAAGAACAAGAACUGGAGGAAAUGAGCAGACGGAUAGAACAGUGUCAUGAAGAGGCUAGAUAUGGAGAGGUAUGGAAAGUUGUAAAUGAGAUGACAGGACGAAGGAAGUGCAGAGAAGGCCAGCUACAUGGUGCAAAUGCUGAAGAAAGAGUAACAUCAUGGUACAACCACUUCAGAGAUCUUCUUGGCAAAGUCCCUGAAAUUAAUGACGAUCAAGAUGAAAGUAUAUAG